AUGGCUAAUCAAACAGAAUCGACGACAAAACCGCUCAGCGAAGCAAUACCUUUGGGUAUCCUUGGCGUUUUAAUUACGUUGGAAAAUCUCCUGGUCUGCUUUCUGGUGUAUCGCUUCCGCAAAUUGCGAACUUUCACAAACGGUUUUAUAGUGUCUUUGGCCCUUUCAGAUAUCCUCUUUGGUGCUGUGUUAAUUCCAGUGGACAUAGCGGACCAAUCCAACCCUGCCAAUGGAUAUCUGGUGUCGCUUAUUCUUUUCGCGAACGUUACCAAUUUGUUUGCGGUAACGCUGGACCGCUAUUUGGCCGUUAUGAACUCGCUGCGAUAUUCUUACACGAUGACUAGACAUUUUGUCAAAAUCUUGCUCACGGCCUGGAUUUUACCCAUUCCACUGAGCCUUCUACCGUUGAUCUGGGACAACGAGAAAGGUACAACUGCAGAAAAAGUCUAUCUGUUCUUCAUUGUAAGCGGUGUUGUAGUUCCUUACAUUUUCAUCCUGUUCGCCUACAUCAAGAUCUUCCGUGAAGUCGCGCGACAGGUAAAGAACCUUGCAAAACUUGCAACUUACGAUAAUCAACAACAGACUGCUCGCGAAGGUAAACGAGUCACUGGCGAGGGGCGCGUCGCUAGAGUUUUUGCUAUGAUAGCAGGUAUCUUCGUUAUAAGCUGGAUGCCUGUGUUCUUCAUGACCGCCGCGGAUGCUUUACAAAGAGACGAUAUCAUUCCACCUGUACUCGGGACAGUUUCGUGGUACACCAUGACAGCAGGGUCGCUGUUGAACGCCGCGGUGUAUGCGUUUUUCAAGCGCGACUUCAGGAACGCGUUUCUGCGUCUUUCCCGAUGCCGCACGGUUUCUUUUGGUCGACAUGGUUCUGAGGAGGCUAUCACUGAAAGCAAAUCACUGAAUUGA